AUGGAACCGCUACCUGAAAAUGCAGCAGCAGCAGCAGCAGCAGCAGCAGCAGAUCCAGCAGCAGCAGCAGCAGCAGCAGCAGCAGCAGAUCCAGCAGCAGCAGAAGCAGCAGCAGAUCCAGCAGCAGCAGCAGCAGCAGCGGCAACAGCAAUUCCCCUGGGUGCAUCGUUCGCUGAGCAGCGGCACGCAGCACAGCUGCAGCUGCAGCAGCGGCUGCAGCAGCUGCAGCAGCAGCAGCAGCAGCAGCAGCAGCAGGAGCAGCAGCAGGAGCAUGAGUCUAUGUAUGAUAUACUUCAUCCUCUGCUGCUGCACGACGUGCAGCGGCAGCUGAUUGACUACCUGCAGCAGCAGCAGCAGCAGCAGCAGCAGCAACAGCAGCAGCAGCAGCAGCAGCAAGCAGCAUACGGAGGGCAGCAACGGCUCAACUAUUACAUUCCUUCUGCUGCUGCUAUCGAAGCUCGCAGUGCAGCAAUGCUUAGCCAGAUGCAGCAGCAGCAGCAGCAGCAGCAGCAGCAGGAACAGAAGCUGCAGCAGCAGCAAGAGCAGCAGCAGCAGCAGUAG